CCGGACGCUUAUGCGCUUGCUUAGCUUAUUAAGUGAAUAGAGUCUUUUUCGUCAAUCAUUUGGUACUUGCUUGUUUCGCAGCUUACGUUAGCUCGAUGUGACGCAUGCUGAGUGACAGAUUAGCGAUAGUGAUGACGCGACUGGCAGCACACCCAAUUCCAACUUGUUCGAGUUAGUUGAUCAGCAGGGCUCACGAGCUGAUCCGUGGCCGCAAAUUUUUUCCUAAAUCAAGUUCCAGCUGUGUUUUAUAACGGAUCGACUCGUGUGUGUUUGAUCGAUGUGUAAUGAUUAGUACGGUGAACACGACUGAACGUAUACAAUUCCAAGCACCUGUGGCUAUGUUAGGCGUUUGUAAACAUUGAUAUAAUCUACACCACAACGCAUUGUGACAAUGGAAGGAGGCGUAUUGGAAAGUCCACAGACUCCUCUGGACAGGAGUGACGAUGAAAUUGCUUUGCAAGGAUUCUGCAGUCCUAAGAAGCUACCAUAUCGAUUCGUCGGACUGGGUUUGAUGUGUUUGUUAGGCUUUGGUUCCUAUUUCUGCUUUGACAAUCCUAGUGCACUGCAGGAUAAUUUUGAGUCCGAUCUGCAUAUGUCGACUAGCAAAUUUGUUUGGCUUUAUUCCAUUUACUCGUGGCCGAACGUGAUUUUUUGCUUCAUAGGCGGAUUUUUGAUAGACAGCGUGUUCGGUAUACGUUUGGGAACAAUUGUAUACAUGGGACUUACUAUGAUCGGUCAGAUAAUUUUUGCAACUGGAGCUAUAGUCAACACCUUUUGGUUAAUGAUGCUUGGACGCUUUAUUUUCGGUAUCGGUGCAGAAUCAUUGGCUGUUGCGCAAAAUAAUUACGCUGUCCUGUGGUUUAAAGGAAAAGAGCUGAAUAUGGUAUUCGGUUUCCAGCUGAGCUUUGCUAGGGUCGGAUCAACUGUGAACUUCCUAGUAAUGGAGCCAAUAUACAAAUACGUAUCUCAGUAUUACAAGGGGCCUGAUUGUAUUGGCAUAGUUCUCUUUCUUGCGUCUCUCACAUGCGUGGGUUCUAUGAUCUGUGCUUGCCUUCUUGGUAUUAUGGAUAAGCGUGCCGAGAGAUUACUGCGACGGAGCGAGGGGAAAGAAGAACAGCCUGUUAGUUUAACAGAUAUUAAAGAUUUCAAGCCAAUAUUUUGGCUGAUAGCUCUCAUUUGCAUUGCUUAUUACGUUGCGAUAUUCCCGUUUAUCGCUUUAGGCAAAGUAUUUUUCGAACGGAAGUACGAAUACGAUCCAACACUUGCGAAUGGUGUUAAUUCCCUCGUAUAUCUAAUAUCGUCUAUCGCGUCUCCCGCUUUUGGGUAUAUCGUUGAUAGAACCGGGAGGAAUGUUUUUUGGGUGUUUAUUGGUAUUUUGGCAACGAUAGUGGCUCACGGACUACUAGCAUUUACCUAUGUAAAUCCUUAUAUGUGCAUGGUUCUUAUGGGAUUGGCAUAUUCUAUGCUCGCUAGUAGUUUAUGGCCAUUAAUUGCUCUCGUUACCCCGGAGUAUCAAUUGGGUACCGCUUAUGGACUUGCACAGGCUGUACAGAAUCUCGGCUUGGCCGUAGUCUCGAUUUUAGCUGGUAUAAUUGUUGACAAAGGUGGAUAUUUCAUGCUUGAGAUGUUUUUCUUGGGAUGGUUAUGGAUUUCCCUGAUAACCUCAGUUGCAAUUUGGGUAUGGGACGUGGCAACCAGCGGUGGUUAUCUUAAUAUGACGCCAGGUGAGAGAGAAAAAUACGAAGCGCUUCGACGCACACCUGAGAGUCUCGAAAGAGAGAAAUUAUUAUCUCCGGAAAGCACUUCGGAUCUUUCUACUGACGAUCUCUUGCCAUCGCAAUCUGAUAUCAACAUUAGAAACCGUUAUCUUUCUCGUAUCGGAGGAAUGGUACCUCCUACCGUGAAACCAUCGAUUCAUCGACCUUUACGAUGAUGCAGUUUAUUUAGAGACAAAUUUAAGACAUUCAAGUAGCUAAAAUUUGUUUAAAAACGCUGUUGAAAAUGUUUGCUCACUGUGUCUUCCUCUUACACAGCGUUUAAUCUGUGAUAAUUUCUUAAUUGAUGCGUUUGAAGACAAUUAUGAUUCAUGUGUUAACAAGUUGACGAAUGGAGUUCUUGUUAACGAAUCAAUAGGUCGACGAUUAUCAAAUAUUAAAAGAUAUAUAACAAAUAUUAUAGACAACAUAUAAAUUUUGUUUUUUGACAAAUUUUAAUGAUGAUACAUUUUAAAUCACGAUCAUGUAAUGCCUAUAACGUGGACUAGUAAAUGGAUUAUUUCCUAUCUCCUGCUUAAAAACGUGUAUUCGUGUUAAGUAGCUCGUUAUUUAAAAUCCGUAAUUAAUUGUAAUAUAUAGACGUGUCCUAAUCAAUGUUUAAUAACGUACAGUUGAAUUAAUAGAAAAAUCAUGCGCUUAAUCUUGUGUCACUCCUUUCUUAUGUAUGGAUAUCAAUUCAAUUUAUAUUGUACAUUUUUUUGUAAUAAAAUGAGCGUUUAAUUGUCGUAACAUUGUACUAAAGAAGAAAAUGAAGAUCCAUGAUUUUCAUGUUACAAAAUGCAUAAUAAAAAAAAUGCUUGACCAUAAUGAAAA